AGGGAAUAACGUUUAGUGCAAGGCAGUUAUUAGUAAGUAUGCUGUUAAAUAAAGUAGGAAUGAACUGCAGAUGCUGGUUUAAGCCAAUGAUAGAGACUAAACGCUGGAGUAACUCAGCGGGACAGGCAGCAUCUCUGGGGAGAAGGAAUGGAUGAUGUUUCUGGUCUGAAGAAGGGUCUCGACACGAAACGUCACGCAUUCCUUCUCUCCAAAGAUGCUGCCUGUCCCACUGAGUUACUCCAGCAUUUUGUGUCUGUCUCCGGUUUAAACUAGCUUCUGCUGUUCCAUCCCACACAUAAGGUGGAAUCAUGUUGGUGCAAGAUCAAGUCCUGUAAUUGUUUGUACGCAUACUGUUCAUGGGCUAACAUGGGCGUCGCGGGCCGAAGGGCCUGUUUGUGCGUUGUAUGACUGUUGGGGAUUGUGCGAUUGAGGGUCGCUCCCUUACACUGAUCUGUGCAGAUAAUGACGAGCCAGUGGCGGUGGUCAGGGCGGAUGAAGGAAGUUUAGUUGAGGGUGAAACGGUUUAUUGCUGCUCUGCUGUUUGAGUAACUGUGGUGGAACACAAGCUCUGCUCAGCCCGUUAUCCAGAGCUACACUAACUCACCAUCUCUCCGGCCCAUACAUACAUUGGCAGAGCACGUAUUAAGUACGCUGCAAGCAGUGAGGGUGACUAUGGAAUCGGAGAGAAGUUUCUACACGCCACUGCUGCAGACCAUCGAGGAACCUACAGUCUCACCGGCUGCCACAGGCUGCAUGAAGGUGCUGUCCUCUCUCUUGGCCAUCGCUUCCAUUACCAUUGGCACCAUCUAUCUGGACUCCUGCACCAUACAGCACCUCAUUCCAAUCUAUCUCAUCGUCUCUGGAUGUUUCACCCUCUUUUUCGUGAUGCUGUCGAUGGCAUCAUGCGCUUCGAAUGAUGAAGAUUCUGCCUGCAAAUUGGACGUCAUUUUCAAGAGUGUGGUCUCUAUCUUCUCCGUCAUCUGGUUCAUCUGUGGGAACGUGUGGAUCUACACUAUCUACCCACCCGAUUACAACAACAAGACAUCGAUCAGCUACUGUGACAAGACGGUGUACCUCUUUGCCUUCUGGACCACCACCGUCAUUUACAUUCUGAUGGGGGUCACCCUGGUGCUGGGCUCAUGCGCUUUGGUCUGCGCCUGUGUUCUUGGUGGGAGCUUCCUCCUGUCACGUCGCACAUAGUCCCCUCUC